GUAUCAUCUGGCCCUCUAUCAUCAGAGCAUCUUGAGCCUGCCUACAAGCAUCAUGAAGUUCUCCUUGUCCUCUCUUGCAGGCCUGGCCUCGCUAUUGCUAGCGGCCUCCGCACAAGCGAGCACGCAGGACGACUUUCUCGCCGAAGCCAACGCCGCUCCGAACGGGAUCAUCAAGCUCGAUUCGGCCAGCUAUGAACGACUCGUCUCGAGCUCUCCAGGAUCGCCGAGAAAUUACAGUGUGACCGUCGUCUUGACGGCUUUGCCUGAACAGUUCAAGUGUCAGCCAUGCCACGUAUUCGACCCGGUUUACAAGACUGUGGGCAACUCGUGGAAAAAGGCGUCCCGGGAGGAGCGCAAGGAUCACUUCUUCGGUCAGCUUGAUUUCUCAGAUGGCCAAGCCGUCUUCGCCAAGCUCGGUUUACAGAGCGCUCCCAACUUGCAGUACUUUGCUCCGAAAGCCGGUCCACGUAAAUCAGAUAGCAAGCAGGACUUCAUCACCUACGACUUUAGCCGCAACGGGUUCGGCCUCGAAAAGCUACACAACUGGCAGUCCAACCUGGCUCCUCACCCCUUCCCCAUCUUCACCCCCUUCAACCCCAUCCCGUACAUCGUCAUCCCUACGACCAUCAUCGGCGGGAUCAUCGGUCUCUACUUCGCUUCGCCCUACAUCGUGCCCUUCAUCCAGUCCAAGGCCAUCUGGCAAGGAGCUUGUCUUGUGGCCAUCUUGAUCUUUACCAGCGGACACAUGUGGAACAGGAUCAGGGGGGCGCCGUAUCAGAACCGGGACGGGUCGGUCUUUGCACAAGGCUUCAGUCAGCAGAACGUCAUCGAGACUCAGGUGGUCGGGGGUAUCUACGGCCUAUUGGCGUUCUCGGCCGUAGCGUUGGCCUCGCUCGCACCCAAGAUGCUCGGUUCUUACCGACAAAGAUUCGCCGUCUACAUCUGGAUCGGCGUAAUGAUCUUUGUGUUCAGCUACUUGGUCAAGGUCUUCAAAUACAAGAACGGAGGUUACCCAUUCCGUCUCUUCCUCGGAUAGAUGUCUUUGUUAUCUACGUGCCGGAUCGAAACAUAAAUGCUCAUGCUCAUGACUUUGC